AAAGUUUCCAUGGUCAUUCUUAAACGAAAAAGAAAUAUAUAUAUCUUGAUUUCCAUCGUCGUUUAUCGCCAGUAUAAGUCAAGAUUGCAAUGGAACCAUAUGUUCCAUUACUCCACAAUGCUCGAAAAGGAAGUCACUUAAUAUCGCAACAGUUUCAAUUUUGCCAAUGGAAAAUGGAAAUCUCUCAGAGGAUUUUUUGAAAAUUUGGCUUCAACUGCCUAUGGAAAUUCAAUCUGACUCAGACGUAGCUUUUGUGCAAAAUCAAUACAACCAUACAUCAACAAAUAUUCCAGAUACAGAUCCUGAAAACAUUAACCGUCUUACGACAGAUUUAUUUGAGCAAAUACUUAAUGACAAUCAACAAUUUGAGAAUAAACAAACCUCAAAAAGAAAGAAAUGUCGAAUUUUUUUCCGAAGCCUGAAAGAUUCAUUACUAAUUCUUUGUUGGAUAGCAUUUUUUGUUCCUUUAUUAAUUACAAAAAAUAAUGAUGAAAAUCUUCGACAAAUAAUCGUUGAUAACAAUAAUAUAAUAAACUUAACACUUAUGAAAAGCAUUAGUAGUGACAGAAUUGGUGUAACGAUUGAAGGUUCAUUAUUUGCAAAUGAACACAGGAAUAUCAAUAAUAGUUUAUCUGAAUAUUAUCUGACCGUUUGGAUCGAAGCAUUAGAAUCAACACAUUUUAGAAAUGAUUUAUUUGACAACGGAAUUAAAAACUUAUCAACAACAUGGACUAUACCGCUUGUAUCGUUUCACCCGGAAACGAUUCCACCGUUACAAAAAAAGACAAAAGUUUUUCUUCUGAAUUUUCCAGAAAGACUUCCAGAUCAUCACUUAUUAUCACUAAAAUUCAAAUCAAACGUCAAUGUGUCGUUACCUUUUAUAGUAUCUUAUAACGAAUCUCCUAUUGAUACUGAAAAUGGAGUAUGGUACGGUGCUGCUUUAUUGAUUGGACUAUAUAUACUAAUAAUAUCUGAAGUCGUACACAAAACUAUUGGUGCUAUCUUAGCUUCAACAAGUUCAUUAGCGGUUUUAGCUGCCCUUAAGCAAAAAGCAACAAUGAUGGAAAUUUUAUCUUGGAUCGAUAUUGACACUCUCUUGCUUCUUUUUUCUAUGAUGAUGCUUGUUGCUGUUAUAUCAGAAACUGGAAUUUUUGAUUACUUGGCUGUAUAUGCUUAUAAAAUUACGAAGGGAGAUGUUUGGUCCCUCCUCUGUACACUUUGUCUUUUUACAGCUAUUACAUCAGCUUUUCUUGAUAACGUGACAAUUAUUUUAUUACUGACACCAGUAACUAUCCGACUUUGCGAAGUUAUACAGUUGAAUCCAGUUCCUAUAUUAACGACCAUGGUAAUAUUUUCUAACAUUGGAGGCGGCGCCACACCAGUUGGAGAUCCCCCAAAUGUUAUCAUCGCGUCAAACCACGAUGUCAUUAAUGCGAAUAUUAAUUUUGGAAUUUUUACAGUACAUAUGAGUUUGGGUAUGAUUAUAGUACUGUUUGUAAUGUACGGACACUUUCGUUUUGUUUUUCGAAAUAUAGACGUUUUGCGUUCCAAUACUGAACGACAAGAUUUACAGGCAUUACAACACAGGAUUUCUAUUUGGAAAGAAGCUGCUGAUCGUCUACCUCGUAACAGUAGAGAUGAAAUUCUAGUGAAUGGAAGUAUAGUAAGAAAAAUUAAUUACCUCGAAGAUGAAUUAGCUCAAAAAACAGAUCAUACAAUCAAAACACCAGAUGACUUCGAAUCUACAUUAAAGGAUUUACAGAAAAAGUAUCCUAUAAAAAAGAAGUGGUUAUUGGCAAAAUCAGGAUUUUCCAUUACUUUUGUCUUGGUCCUAUUCUUCUUUCACAGUUUACCUCAAUUUAACUUGUCGUUAGGCUGGACAGCAUUUAUGGGAGUUUUACUUCUUCUUGUUUUAGCGAAUGAUGAAGAUUUUGAUAAUAUAUUAACAAAAGUUGAAUGGGGUACAUUGUUAUUUUUUGCUGCGCUUUUCGUUAUGAUAGAGGUACUAUCCAAACUCGGUUUAAUAGCUUGGAUAGGCAAGCAGACUGAAUUCGCGAUUAUGACUGUCAAUGAAGAAUACAGACUCACUGUUGGUAUUUUACUAAUCGUAUGGAUAUCCGCAAUUGCUGGAGCUUUAUUCGAUAAUGUACCUCUAAUAACAAUGUUAAUAAGAAUUAUCAUUGGCUUAUCAGAAAAUCAAGAUCUAAAAAUACCUCUCCAACCUUUGAUUUGGGCAUUGGCUUUUGGUGCUUGUUUAGGAGGAAAUGGGACGUUAAUUGGAGCGACUGCAAAUGUUGUAUGUGCCGGUGUAGCUGAACAGCAUGGUUAUCAUCUAACAUUUAUGCAGUUUUUUAAGUUGGGAUUUCCAGCCAUGAUUACGAGUAACCUAACCAUAACUAUUUAUUUGAUAGUAUCACAUGCUGUAUUUGAUUGGAACUACUAAAAGUACAUGAAACUACUAAAAGUACAUGACAACUACUAAAAAUACAUAAACUAAAAGU